CCACCUAAGGCCAACCAAUCAAUCUUUCAUACCCACUAUUUUUUCCCAGAAAACAUAAAGAAACAACACCAUCUUUUUUAGAUUAAUUCUUCUAACAAUUUUCUCUGAAAUGGCAACAAGAAAAUUCCACCACCACCACCAUGAUCAAAGGCCAAAAUUCCUUUAUCUCGGUGGUGGUGGUGGUGACCGGAGAAUCAAUGGAGUUGAUGCCGAGGGUUUUGAGAUGAACGAAUCCGACCUGUGGAGCACCGGAGUUGAAGAUCAUGCAAACGAGCCUCAAAACCUCAUCUCACGAAGAUCAAAGUUUCCAUUGAAAACUCAUCAUCAAAGAAAAGUACCCAUGGAGGCGGCGAAGUCAUUGCCGGUCAAUGUACCGGACUGGUCAAAGAUUUUAAGAGAUGAGUACAAACAUGAUGAUCAUGGGAGGAGAGAGAAUGAUUAUGAUCAUGAUCAUGUGGGGUUCGAUGUUGAUGAUGAUGAUGAUGAAGAUGAUGAAAGAUUGCCCCCCCAUGAGUAUUUAGCAAGAACUAGGAUUGCUUCAUUUUCUGUUCAUGAAGGUCUUGGAAGAACACUAAAAGGCAGAGAUUUGAGUAGGGUUAGAAAUGCGAUUUGGAAGCAAACCGGUUUUGAACAAGAUUAGUACGUACACUCUGACACAUUUGGGGUCCACUUAACCAAGUUAUGAUCGAGCUUAAACUACGUACACAUGUGAAGAAAAAAAAGAUGUUUGUGUUCAGAAUUUAAUUGCUUAGAGUAGACCAUGUAUGAAAACGUUGAAGAUGAAUGUGUCAUGUUUAGUGAAAAGAGGUAUAAAAUGACAUCUAGUCAAUAAUCAGGUUAACAUUAAUCGAUCAUUUGUAAGUCUAACAUUAUCGAUCUAUCUUACUCGUAAAUCACAAAAUCAUAUUUCAUUUUGUA